AUGUACGUGUUAAUUAUGAUAUGGGCCUCCGGAAGAUAUCGGAUGAAAUUGGAUGACGGUGGAGGCGAGCGCCAUGCGUCAUACACGGCGAGGUUGAGAAGGGUGAAGAACUCAGAGAACUGCCUCGUAACAGGAGAUUUGGCGACUGAUUCUCCGGUCCAUCUCUGCCAUGUUAUCCAUGAACGCUACUGGAGAAAUCACCCUAUGGUUACUCUAAUGUUGUCAAUGGAUAUCGUCGACAAGUUGUGGGAUCGUUGGGUCAAAUACCCCAUUGAACAGGGCAGUGUCCCAUCGAUUGAGGAUAUAUACGACAGUGCGGAGACUUUUGAGUACCGUCUCGUGCCACUUUUCCCCGUUGUUUCUCCCAUUUCCCAUCGCAACAAAGCUGAAGGCUGCUCGGACGGUCAGUGCGAUGAAUCCGCAGGCACUUCUGCAUAUUCGUAUCCAUUCGACAAUCUUCCGCCAAUCUUCUCAAGAGUCAAACCUCACUCCGUGGUAUGCGAUGCCAGGAGGAAGCUCGAUUCAAUAUUCCCUAGAUGGUACAUACCUUCCUCGGGUAUGGCUCGUAUCUAUGGAAUCUCCGACGAGAAGGUCGAGUAUGCCACCCUCAUGGUGUAUCAAUUGCCGCGCUCUGGUCUUAUUAGGCCCGGCCAACCGACUUCUGCGUCACAGCGUGCUAGCCAUCCGAAGCAGCCGUCGAAUGUUGUCCGAUAUGCCACCUCCCUCUCGCGUGUUACUGCGUCUGGAUCGGGGGCUUUGAUCGUAGGAGACUCUGGCUGGGAUACCAAGGCGGACGCCGAAUAUAUGAAGCUACAUAUCCGCUAUGUGAUCAAGGCCCCGAGACGAUGGGUCAGGAAAUGCAAACGAGAGGUACAUUAUUCUGGCGGAUGGGAAUCCUGUGUCAUCGAUGAUGAAUAG